CUUCUAUCUCCUUUCACCAUUGAUUCUGCGAAUCUUUUCUUGUCCUUUGAAUCGAUUGCAUACUCUUCGCUCUAUUCUCUUUGUUUCUGUUGAAUUGAAUUGACCUGCUGGUUCUGCUUCUGCGUGAACUGCUUGCGAGCGAUAAGACCAAGAGCUGAGAGAGCAAGGAAGGAAACAAAGGGAUACAGAACUUCAACAACGAAAAGAGGUCUAAAGGAGAGGAAGAAAGAGACGAAAUAUAGUCACCAUGUCGAAGAUUGAGAAUGUCCUCCCGAAACCAAAGAUUGAGUUGUAUAGUGGGAAGUACUUUGGUGCCUGCAUGUUAGGUGGAAUAAUCGGUAUUCCUCUCUCCCUCCCUUCCCCCCCCACACCAACCCCCCCCUCUAACACACAACUAACAACCACCUCCAGCCUGCGGACCAACCCACACAGCAGUCAUACCCCUCGACCUAGUAAAAUGCCGCCGCCAAGUCGACCCCUCACUCUACAAGUCCAACAUCUCAGCCUGGCGUACCAUCGCGCGCGCCGAAGGCCUCCGAGGCGUCUUCUUCGGCUGGUCCCCAACGUUUGUUGGAUAUAGCUUUCAGGGAGCUGGCAAGUAUGGGUUCUAUGAGGGCUUCAAGUAUCUUUAUGGGGAUGUGAUGUUCCCUGGCGUUAAUCGGACGGUGGUGUUUUUGGGGGCUAGUGCUAGUGCGGAGUUUUUGGCGGAUAUUGCGUGAGUGUGAUUUUUCUUGGAUGGGUCUUUUGGGGGGAGGUUUACGGGGGAUACAUGGCGAGGGGAUAUGGGAAGAGCAUUGGGCUGAUUGAAAAUAGUUUGUGUCCAUUCGAGGCCGUGAAGGUUAGGAUGCAGACUUCUGUUCCGCCUUUUGCUCAGACGAUGAGAGAGGGAUUGAGCAAGGUCAUCAAGCAAGAGGGAUAUGCUGGGUGAGUUUUCAAGAUCCCUUCAAAUGUCGAAAUUCAUACUAAUACAUUCAAAGCUUGUAUAAGGGCUUACAUCCCCUAUGGGGACGCCAAGUAAGCAACCUCCCCCCUUCCCCCGCAAAAAACCAAACAACCAACUAAACACCUCUAAGAUCCCCUACACAAUGUGCAAAUUUGCCUCCUUCGAAGAAACCGUCUCAGCCAUCUACCGGUACCUAGGACACUCCAAAUCGCACUACACCUCUCUACAACAAACCGGCGUCUCCUUCCUUGGGGGCUACAUCGCGGGGAUCGGGUGCGCGACCGUUUCGCAUCCGGCCGACGUCAUGGUCUCGAAGCUCAACUCGGAUCGUAAGCCCGGCGAGGGCGCGGGCCAGGCCAUGAAGAGGAUUUUUGGGAAGAUUGGCUUUGUGGGCUUGUGGAAUGGACUCCCGACCAGGAUUCUGAUGAUUGGGACGUUGACGGCGUUUCAGUGGUUGAUUUAUGAUAGUUUUAAGGUUGGACUGGGACUGCCUACUACGGGGGGGCAUUAG